UCUGUUUCCUCAGACCUCCAAGUCCUCACGGACAUGAAGCCAGCAGGUGCCUUUCUACUUUUGAUCGGCCUGGCCUGUUUGUUCCUCUAUGCAGAUGCUGUGAGCCAAGGUGGCUUUCAGGCUUUUUGCAGCAACUAUGAGAAGACACUUUCUGCAGAUGGAAAAUCGUGCCCAAAUAUUUACAAACCAGUGUGUGGCACAGACGGGAAAACUUACCAAAACCGCUGUGAAUUCUGCCAAACCGCCAUGGAAAGAAGUUUGGGAAAACUUGGUUUCAAACAUAAAGGAAAAUGCUGAUCCCCUAACAUCACAGCACUGGCUGCAUCUUUGGUUUGAAAUGCAUAUUCCCCUUUACCCAGUCUCCAUGGCAAUGUGCCUCCUCCCAGGUAUGCACGAAAGGAAAUUUCAAUAAAGUUAUUUUAGUAACACUCCUACCCCAGCGCUUUGUUUCAGGUAAUGGAAGCACCUCUUAUUAGUUAGGCAAACUGUUAAACUGUUC